CCUGUACUAUGUCCGCAGUCUCUGGUCAUUCCCUGUACUAUGUCCGCAGUCUCUGGUCAUCUCCUGUGCUGUGUCCUCAGUCUCUGGUCAUCUCCUGUACUGUGUCCGCAGUCUCUGGUCAUCUCCUGUACUGUGUCCGCAGUCUCUGGUCAUCUCCUGUACUGUGUCCGCAGUCUCUGGUCAUCUCCUGUACUGUGUCCGCAGUCUCUGGUCAUCUCCUGUACUGUGUCCGCAGUCUCUGGUCAUCUCCUGUACUAUGUCCGCAGUCUCUGGUCAUCCCUUGUACUAGGUUCGCAGUCCCUGGUCAUCUCCUGUACUGUGUCCGCAGUCUCUGGUCAUCUCCUGUACUGUGUACGCAGUCUCUGGUCAUCUCCUGUACUGUGUCCGCAGUCUCUGGUCAUCUCCUGUACUGUGUCCGCAGU